AUGCCCAAGAAGACAGUAUCAGACCAAGGAAGGGUUUUCAACAAUAAAUUCCUGAAGGCACUGUACCAAUGCCUAGGGAUAGACCCCCACUUCUCCUUGGCAUACCAUCCGCAAAGCAAUGGGCAGACAGAGCAUGUAAACCCCACAAUUGAACACUUCCUACGGGCUUACUCAGGGAUCAACCAGAAAGACUGGGUUAAAUGGUUACCAAUGGCGGAAUUUGCUUACAACAAUGCAGUCCACAGCACAACAGGCAAAUCUCCUUUCAAGGCACUAUACAGAUGGGAACCAGCCCUUACCCCUAGUAAUGUCCCAACCAACAUACCUGAAGCAGACAAAUUGGCAACCCAAAUGGAAGCUCAAUGGCAGGAAAUAGAAGCAGUGUUCCAGCAAUCAAAAACAUGCAUGACAGCUGGAGAAACAGGAGAACCCAUCAACUUUGAAAUUGGGGAGGAGGCCUGGCUAGACGCCAAGAAUGUGAAGCUAAAGACCCUGAGUCCUAAGCUAACUGAACAACGCUUAGGCCCCUUCAAGAUAACCAAAAAAAUCUCCAACUGCGCAUACUGCUUAGAACUCCCACCUUCCAUGAGGAUUCACAACGUAUUCUACGUGGGACUACUGUCUAAAGUCAAAAAAGACAAAAACUGUGCCUUUGAAAACCAACCACCACCUGUAACUGUGGACAGAGAGAAAGAAUACAAGGUAGAGGGCAUAACAGACGUAGAAGAAUGCAAUGGAAAUUGGUUCUUCAGAGUCAAAUGGAAAGGGUAUGGGUCAGAAGAAAACACAUGGGAACCCCAGGAAAACCUGAAGAAUGCAGGGAAGAUUUUGAAAAAAUACAAGGAAGAAAUGAGAAAGAAGACCCUUGGCGCUGCCAAGGCGCUUAAAGGGGGGGCAGUGUUGUAG